AGGAGGAAACGGCCCGAUGGCGGAGCGGCCCAAGUCCAGACCGCCACCCAGGGCGUUCAUACAGCAGAAGCGCGCGGAGACUGGCUACCACCCAGGCAGCCCGGUGCCGCAGCUCUACGAUCCGAUCCCCGCAUCGAAUGACGGCGAACAUUCUGCUGCGCGUGACAUCGGCGAACAUUCUGCUGCGCGUGGCAGCGUUGACCUCGGCUCCAUCGAAAUCACCGGCCCAUGCACCCUGUUGACAUCGUUGCUCUCUAAGCUUGCGCCGCCAGGCGUCCCGUUUGGCGGCACACUGACCUUUGCUGGAGGAGUCAAGUAUGUCGGAGGCCUCAAGACGAAGCGCUGUUUUGGCAGCCCUGUGCGUGAUGGGCCUGGCGUCAUGCUCUUUCCGCCACUCGGCUCUGGCGAUAAGCUCGAGGGGGAGUGGGUCGACGGGCAGCCUGGUAGCUUUGCGAUGGCGGCCAAACUGACGUGGCUGUGGGCGAAGAACGGGCCAUCGCUUGCGACGCGCGACGUGGGUGCCGUCGGCCUCGGAGGGGAGGAAGUGCCAGCUAAAGCGGUGCCGCGGGGAUGCCGGG